GAUUUUUCUUCAACAAACAAGUACCUCCCAAGACUCACAGCAAAGAGCCCUGAAGUUGUUGUGGUGUUCCGCCAUACCCAAAUUCCUCAAUCAGGACACUAAUUGUCCUAAUUCAGGUAAUUGCUAGCUACUUUAUGGCUAUUGUGUUUGUGUCCACAUUGUGGCGGUAGUAGCAACAAGUUUCUCAGAACCAAAAAGGUUUCAUCUUUUCACCACCCUUAUCCCAAAGCUUUUUUAUUUUUGGUGGUUUUUUCUCGUUCUCAUCGGUAGCAGAUUUUAAGGUUGGAUUGAAGAGGUUUUAGCAGCCGUUAAUAAUCGUAUUGUCCCAUUUGGAGGACCAACAGGACAUACAAAGGUUGUUCUUUGUUGUUGUUUAAAAGAUGCCAACUUUGAUUUCAUCUAGGUUUCUUUUGCUUGUUGGAGAGUCACUCCACAUGAGAAGGGCUUUGGCCACUUCUAGGUCUGUUUUAUUGCACACUAGUGUCAAGUGUAUGAGCCAGGUGGAACCCCAUCAUGGUUCCCUAACCGUCUCUGGCAUAGGUUUACAAACUGAAACUGAACCCAGAAACAGAAGCAAAACAAAUAAGGUUAAGCCAUUGGGUUCACCCUCUGAGAAUCGCAAGAGCAAAGGAAAGCCCUUAGGCAUUAAUGAGAAGAAGAAGAAAGCUUUUAGGGUUGUAGAGAAACAGCAAAUAGAGUCUGCCCCUUUUGCUGCAGAGUCAUUUUCAGAACUUGGCCUCCCACAUGUGUUGAUUGAGAGGCUAGAGAAGGAGGGUUUCACCGUGCCGACCGAAGUUCAGUCUGCUGCAGUUCCCACCAUUCUGAACAACCAUGAUGUCAUAAUUCAGUCUUACACGGGUUCAGGGAAGACAUUGGCUUAUCUGCUUCCUAUACUUACAGUUGUUGGGCCGCUGAGGGGGAAAACUCCUGAAGGCAACAGUGAUGGUGGGGAGAGUGGGAAGAAGUUGGGAAUUGAAGCAGUGAUUGUUGCUCCUUCUAGGGAGCUUGGAAUGCAGAUAGUGAGGGAGUUUGAGAAGGUGCUAGGAAUGGAUAACAAGAGAGUGGUUCAGCAGCUUGUGGGGGGUGCAAACCGAACCAGGCAGGAAGAUGCUCUCAAGAAAAAUAAGCCUGCAAUUGUUGUUGGCACACCUGGUAGGAUAGCUGAGCUCAGUGCAUCCGGGAAACUUCGCACUCAUGGCUGUCGAUAUUUGGUAUUAGAUGAAGUUGAUGAACUGUUGUCAUUCAAUUUCCGGGAAGACAUGCACCGGAUAUUGGAGCAUGUAGGGAGGAGAUCAGGUGCAGACCCAAACUCAGAUUCUAGAAAGGCCGAACGUCAGUUAAUUAUGGUUUCUGCAACUGUGCCAUUUUCUGUUGUAAGGGCAGCUAGGAGCUGGGGUUAUGAUCCACUUCUUGUCCAAGCAAACAAAGUUGCACCACUUGAAACUGUCUCUCCCUCUGAACCCAUCAGUUUGUCUCGGUCUUCACCCAGCUCAAGCCCUAGCUCGGCUAUGCCAUCUCCGGCAGCAGUAGAGAGUCUACCUCCUGCAUUGAAACACUAUUACUUUGUAACUAGGGUGCAGCACAAAGUUGAUGUGUUGAGAAGGUGUAUUCAUGCACUGGAUGCCAAAUUUGUGAUAGCUUUCAUGAACCAUACUAAGCAGCUAAAGGAUGUUGUCUUCAAGCUGGAGGCCCGUGGGAUGAAAGCCAUGGAGUUACAUGGGGAUCUUGGGAAGCUAGCUAGGUCAACAACUCUGAAGAAAUUCAAGAAUGGUGAGGUGAGAGUUCUGGUUACAAAUGAAUUAUCAGCAAGGGGUUUGGAUGUGGCAGAAUGUGAUCUUGUGGUUAAUCUAGACUUACCGACAGAUUCAAUUCACUAUGCACACCGAGCUGGCCGAACUGGUCGGCUAGGUAGGAAUGGUACAGUGGUAACCAUAUGUGAAGAGUCAGAAGUGUUUGUUGUAAAGAAAUUGCAGAAGCAGCUAGCAAUACCAAUUGCAGCCUGUGAUUUUGCAGAGGGGAAGUUUCUCGUCACUGAGGAAGAGAAAACAGUAAGCACUUCUCAAAGAUGAGGUGUUAUAUUUUUGCUACUUGUUUAGGCAACAAUGCAGUUUCCAUGCUCCAUGUUUUAUUCUUCAUAUUGCUUCUUACCUAUUGUACUUAUUGACAAUACAUGAGUACACAUUAGAAGCUUCCUUGCAUUCCCUUGAGUCAUGAAUUGGAAAUCUUAUGUCUAUGUGGCACUGCAAUAAAAUCUAUUAUUUUUUACUGUUUUCUCA